CCACAAGUCAGGAUUAGCGGUGAACAUCCGUUUUUAAGCGGGAAUUUCCCUGAGACAGCAACAUCAUCUUGGAAAACAAUACCUUGAGGUUUAGAACAAAAAACCUAAAGCCGGGAACAACAUCGAGUGCCUCUCUGUCUAGUGAGACAGGGUCGGAACACGUAAUAGAUACACACAAAUACACAACCCGGCUACAGAAUGGGUGACAGCACGAUUGGAUCGGUUAGCUUUCUGCAUCUCGGGGACAUUGUGUCCCUGUACUCGGAAGGAAGUGUGUCCGGGUUUCUCAGUACCCUCGGCCUUGUCGAUGAUCGUGUGGUCGUGUGUCCCGGGGCGGGCGAUCUGAACGAUCCGCCGGAAAAGUUUCGCGACUGUCUCAUCAAAAUCUGCCCCAUGAACCGGUACUCCGCCCAGAAGCAGUUCUGGAAGGCGGCCAAACAAAGCACGACAACGAACACCGAUACGAGCCUGCUCAAGCGGUUGCACCACGCGGCCGAAAUAGAAAAACAGAAUGACGUCGUCCAGCUGUUGCAUCUCAAAUCGAACAAGUACGUCACGGUCAACAUCCGGCUGCCGGCACUGCUCGAGAAGAACGCGAUGCGCGUGUACCUGGACGCGAACGGCAACGAGGGCUCCUGGUUCUACAUCAUGCCGUUCUACAAGCUCCGCUCGGCCGGUGACAAUGUGGUCGUCAGCGAUAAGGUCAUCCUGAAGCCGGUCAAUGCAACCGGCAAAAUCUGCACGUAG